AUGGAGUUGAAUGGUGGUGUUGUCAAGUGUUACAUUGAAGAGAAUCCAAAGGAUACUCUCUUGGUAGGAAAGUUCACCUUGGAAGAUAUGAAUCCACAAAAUGGUGUUGUUAACUCUGGUUUAGGUACAUACAGAAACAUAGAAGCAGACAAGAUGAAUGAAUUCAUUGCAUUGACAGUAUUAGUUACUGACCCAGAAAAGCGUGAAGUACUUUCAAAGACUAUGGGUUCAACUGGUAGAUUCGCUUUCCAAACAGCAAUGGGAGGUGAAUACAAGAUUUGCGUCUCAACCAAUCCAUCAAAAUGGUUCGGUCCACAAGUCAAGACAAGAUUACAUUUAGAUAUUCAAGUUGGUGCCAACGCCAAUGAUUACGAAGAAAUUGCCAAGGUUGAACAUUUAAAUAACCUUGAAAUUUCAGUAAAGAGAUUAAACGAUAGAGUUACACAAAUUAGAAAGGAACAAAGUUACCAAAAGGGACGUGAAGUUGUUUUCCGUAAUACCUCUGAAAGCACCAACAGCAGAGUCAUGUGGUGGUCUGUUUUACAACUUAUCAUUCUCGUCCUCACUGGUAUGUGGCAAAUGAGACAUUUGAAGUCUUUCUUCAAGGCAAAGAAACUCGUCUAA